ACAACAACAACAACAACAACAGCAGAAGCCACUACAACACCAAAGAGGAACUGGGACUAUCGACUGCACUGCGGCGUGAGGACCAUCCCGAAAGACGAGCGCGCUGGCCGGAUCGUGGGCGGCAAGAAGACGAGCUUCGGCGACUGGCCCUGGCAGGUGCUGGUGCGCGAGUCCACCUGGCUGGGCCUCUUCACCAAGAACAAGUGCGGCGGGGUCCUGCUCAACGCCAAGUACGUCGUCACGGCAGCCCACUGUCAGCCAGGGUUCCUGGCUUCUCUGACCGUGUCCCUGGGCGAGUACGACCUUCGGGGCCACCUGGAACCCAUGCGGACCGUGGAGAGGAACGUGAAGCGGGUCGUGGUGCACAGGGACUACGAGCCCAAGACGUUCGAGAACGACAUUGCAUUGUUGGAAAUGGACAAGGCAGUGGACUUUCGGCCGCACAUUGUGCCCAUCUGCUUGCCCGAGGGCGAGGAGGACUUUGUGGGCCAGGAGGCCAUCGUGUCCGGCUGGGGCAGGAUUAAAUACGGUGGCAGUGUUCCCAGUGUCCUCAUGCAAGUCCAGGUGCCCAUCAUGAAGAACGCCGAGUGCCAAAAGAUGUUCGAGAAAGCGGGCCACCCCAAGAAGAUCCGCGACUCCUUCUUGUGCGCCGGCUUCGAGACGGGCCAGCACGACUCUUGCGAGGGCGACAGUGGGGGCCCGUUGCAGAAGGAGAUGCCCGACGGACGAUGGGUGCUGAUCGGGACAGUGUCCCACGGGAUCAAGUGCGCCUGGCCCAACUUGCCGGGCAUCUACAUGAAGAUGACCUACUACAAGCCCUGGAUCAUGAACAUCAUCACCAGCACCAGCUGACCCCUGCUGUAAACCCCCCUUUUUCUCCCGACCCUUUCUUUCUUUUUUAAUUGCCCAUUAUUUAUUAUGCAUCGAUUCAUCCAUCCAUCCCCUUGUUUU